AAUGAAAUUUACGUGCAAUAUAUUUAUAUCUGAGAUACAGUUGUACCGAGUUUUGUUAAAAUUUUUCAAAAUAUUAGGACUUGCACCUUUCAACGUGCAUUUGAUACCUUCGGCACAGAAUAAAAAAGAGCAACAAUUCGAUAUCAAUUACACUUAUUCAUUCGAAGAGUCAGUCUAUGAUUUUAUACUAUCAGUUUGCUUGCUUUUUAAAAUAAUCUACGAUUUUGUACAUCAGCACUUCGAAAAUCCCUAUCAACAUUUGUAUGACAUAGUCAAUAAUUUCAGUCUGAUGAUGAUUAUCACAAGUUACUGUUUAAAACAACAAUUGUCAGUCAAAAUAAUUACCAACUUAACAUACUUAGAAACCGAGCUGGCUUGUAAAUCCUGGGACUAUUCAUUUAAAAUAACGUCUGUCAAAAAAUACUGUAUUGCAAUAACAAUAUUUUUUACUAUUAAUUUUAUCGCAAUAAUUGUUUUUCACGCUUUGUGGAGCACGAACCAAACUAUAGAAACAUAUAUUACACUAAGCUCAUUGUUCAUAACUGAAGUUUGUGUCAUUCAGUACGCAUCUGUGAUGAUUUACCUGUACCAAAGACUCAAAACUUUGAACUCAUCGCUUUUGGUCUUCGCGAACAACAACAAUGGAUUCGAUUAUCUUGGUUUAUGGACAAACAGCAUUCGUAACAACAUAACGAAUCAGAAAUUGAUUUUUCUACGGCAAGCUCAUAGAUUGCUUUAUAAUUGUCUAUGUGACACCACUAAAUUUUACUCAGUUCCAAUACUCUUCGCUGUCUUAUCAAAUUUUCCUAUCUUACUUUUAUCAGUGGAAUUGUUGAUCAGAACGAAAUUUACUUCCGAAGAAUUAUUUAACAUGGGACUCCAUUAUUUUGGCACCGGUUUGCUGAUUGUUUUUUCGCUUGUACCGAUUUCUAUCCUCUGUUUCUUUGUCACUAAAAUUAUCACCGAAAUGAAACGUACAAAGGAUAAUGUUAGCAAAAUCAUAACUGUUCGUUCAAGUGACGAUUCAUUUAAAGAUGAGUUAGAAAAGUUUUAUAUUGAAUUGCUACAUGCCAAUUACAACAUCACAGCUUGUGGAUUCUUCAAAAUAGACAAUAGUCUAUUGAGUUUGAUUUUUACAGGAAUAAUAGUCUACUGCUUCACUGUUAAUAUAAAACAAGCCCAUCAAGAAGAAAAUGAAGGAUUUCUUUUGAGUUCAUUCAUAUCAAUAAUUUGA